CCCAAGCCCUAUAAAAAGACCAUGCAGACCAUUCGUUGCGCACUCUUCAUAACGACCAAGAAAUAAGAAAUGGCUGUAUUCACAACGUGCAUUUCCGAGGGCACUUACGCACGUCUGACCUCCCCAGACCGUAACCUGUACAGCACAGUGGGGGCGACCUCACACAGCAGCUCAGGAGCAAAGAGCGCAGUGAAAAGCGGGAAAAGCUCACAUCUCCUCAGACUGGCUGCAGUGGGUCUGGGGCUGCUAUGUGCCAUCUUACUGAUGGCCACCAUAGCCCUGUGUGUCCUCUAUACGAGAGAGAGAGGCCUGGAGGUGCUCAACGACCAGAACUGCACUUGGAGGGAUUACAAAGAACACCUACAGAGAGACUACAACAGCCUAUCUAAUGAGAAAGACCAGCUACAGAGAGACUACAACAGCCUAUCUAAUGAGAAAGACCAGCUACAGAGAGACUACAACAGCCUAUCUAAUGAGAAAGACCAGCUACAGAGAGACUACAACAGCCUAUCUAAUGAGAAAGACCAGCUACAGAGAGACUACAACAGCCUAUCUAAUGAGAAAGACCAGCUACAGAGAGACUACAACAGCCUAUCUAAUGAGAAAGACCAGCUACAGAGAGACUACAACAGCCUAUCUAAUGAGAAAGACCAGCUACAGAGAGACUACAACAGCCUAUCUAAUGAGAAAGACCAGCUACAGAGAGACUACAUUAGCCUAUCUAAUGCGAAAGACCAGCUACAGAGAAACUACAUUAGCCUAUCUAAUGCGAAAAACCAGCUACAGAUAGACUACAACAGAGUAUAUAAUCAGCGAGACCAGAAACAGAGAGACCUCAACAUCCUACGUAAUGAGAAAGCAAAGCUACAGGGAGACUACAACAGACUAUCCAAUGAGAGAAACCAGCUACAGAGAGACUACAACAGACUAUCUCGACGAUGCCAGCUACGGAGAGACCUCAACAGCCGGAGUAAGAGCAAACACUUACCUGUGCCCACCUGUGUCUACAACGAUGCCUUUGAUGAGUGUUACAGACUGUUUUCUCUUUCUUUCUGUACAGAGGGACAGUGCAUCACCUGUCCAGAGGGCUGGAAGCAGUUGUCCUCCAAGUGUUACUUCUUCUCUACAGUGAGGAAGAGCUGGGAGGACAGUCUCCAAGACUGCAAACUUCAGGGAGCUGACCUGGUGAUUAUAAGGAGUCAAGAAGAGCAGGAGUUUAUCAACCAACAUGCAAAAGGAGGCCAUCACUGGAUUGGUCUAAAAGACUCUGCAAACAGAACCUUUGAAUGGGUGGAUGGAACCUUGCUGCAGCAAGCAUUCUGGAAGGCUGGAUCUCCAGAUGAGAACAGGAGAGCGCGCUGUGUGCUCACCGGCCCUGGCGAGGAGCGAUGGGCUGACGCGCCGUGCGAUUUCACCUGGAUGUGGAUCUGCGAGACCGACGCCUCCUGCGUCUGAAACAAGAAACCGCGUCAGAAUGACGACUCAGGAGAGGCAGAGUGCUGCCGAAAACGUUUUUUUUUCCGGUGGACCCCAGGCGACGCGAACCGAGGUGCUCUUGAAGGCAGGGUGCCAAAACAAGAUACAAAAAAAUCUGAUGUACUUGUAAACACACUGCACAUAAUAAAUGUCGAGUAAAAGUAAGAUCUAAAAAAUGCUCCAUGUAACAAAAUGAGCGAAAUGAAAAAUAGCAUCAUUUUUGUAUAUUCUUUACUUAACAUGUAUUACUUACACAUUUCUUACAUUUAGUAGUCACGCAUUAUCCAUGUUGCACUUCAUUUUCUUACUUUUUUUUUGUUUGUUUCAUUGCAUACCAUUAUGUUGUCACAUUGAUAGCCCAUGCCUACCUGUCUCAUGUGAUCGAUUGAGAGCCCAUGCCUACCUGUCUCAUGUGAUCAAUCGAGAGGCCAUGCCUACCUGUCUCAUGUGAUCAAUCGAGAGGCCAUGCCUACCUGUCUCGUGAUCGAUUGAGAGCCCAUGCCUACCUGUCUCGUGAUCGAUUGAGAGCCCAUGCCUACCUGUCUCGUGAUCGAUUGAGAGCCCAUGCCUACCUGUCUCGUGAUCGAUUGAGAGCCCAUGCCUACCUGUC